AUGGCUGGACCUUUGCGAUUUGACGGAAAAGUUGUUUUGGUCACUGGUGCAGGAAACGGCUUGGGACGAGCUUAUGCUUUAGCUUUUGCUGAGCGAGGAGCAUCUGUUGUUGUGAAUGAUCUUGGUGGUAGUGCUUUUGGGGAAGGAAGAGGCUCUAAAGCAGCAGAUGAUGUGGUGAAUGAGAUUGUAUCAAAGGGUGGUAAAGCUGUGGCUAAUUACGAUUCUGUAGAAAAUGGUGACAAAGUUGUGCAGACAGCUUUAGAUGCAUAUGGAAGAAUUGAUGUUGUGGUUAACAAUGCUGGCAUUUUAAGAGACAAGACAUUUGCCAGGCUGAGUGAGGAAGACUGGGACAUUGUCCAUCGAGUGCAUUUGAAAGGAUCUUUCCUUGUGACCAGAGCUGCUUGGCCCCACAUGAGAAAGCAGGGUUUUGGAAGGAUCAUCAUGAUCAGUUCUACAUCUGGUAUUUACGGCAACUUUGGCCAGGCAAACUACAGUGCUGCCAAACUUGGACUGGCUGGUCUCUCCAACACUUUAUCUCUGGAAGGAGCCAAAUAUGGCAUCUACUGCAACUGUGUUGCCCCUACUGCAGGAUCUAGGCUUACUGAAACAAUUAUGCCUAAAGAGCUUGUUCAAGCCUUGAAACCAGAAUAUGUGGCACCAGUGAUUGUGUACUUGUGCCACGAGAGCUGCAAGGAGACGGGAGGACUGUUUGAAGUUGGAGGCGGAUGGGCGGCAAAAUUGCGCUGGCAAAGAAGUGAAGGAGCAGUCCUGAGAGAUAAAAAUGACCUGUUCUCUGCGGAAAGUGUGAGAGAUAACUGGAGCAAAGUUGUAGAUUUCGCCAAUUAUACAACUCCAAAAUCUAAUCAAGAGGCAACUGGACAUAUAAUGAACCUAGUUAAUAAAUUUGAUCAAGAAAAGAAAGAAGCACAGGUGGCGGCUGAUUCAAAAGAUCCUGUUGCCUUAGCAAAAUCAUUCAGAGCAGAACCAGCCACAUUUUCAUACACAGAAAAAGAUGCAAUACUGUAUGCUUUGGGAGUGGGAGUGUCCACGGUUCAAAGUGACUAUCUGAAGUUCUUGUUUGAGCUGUCUGAGGAGUUUACAGUCCUUCCUACUUUUGGAGUCAUUCCAGCAUUUACUUGCCUUUUUGAGUUAACCUUAAAGGGUCUGCCUGGCUUUAAGAUAGACCCUACAAAGGUUCUACAUGGGGAACAGUAUCUGGAGUUACUGAAACCUCUCCCUCGCAAAGGUCGCCUAACAUCAAAAUUAUCUGUUGCUGAUAUCUUAGACAAGAAAUCUGGAGCAGUAAUUCUAUAUAAUGUUGAGACAUUUGAUGAGAAAAAUGAGAAGGUUGCCUUCAAUCAGUUCACAACAUUUGCUGUGGGAGCUGGAAACUUUGGAGGCCCCAGUAAAUCCACUGCUGCAGUGCCUCUUGUGGAUCCUCCUUCUCGGGCUCCUGAUGCUGUGAUACAACAAAAAACUUCUGUGGAUCAGGCUGCAUUGUACAGGCUGAGUGGUGAUCCAAAUCCACUGCACAUUGAUCCAAGCUUUGCUGCCAUGGGAGGUUUCAAAUCUCCAAUUCUACAUGGUCUUUGUAGCUUUGGCUAUGCUGUCAGGCAUGUCAUGGCCACAUUUGCAGACAAUGACAUGAGCAGGUUUAAAUCGGUCAAGGUGAGAUUUUCCAAACCAGUUUUACCAGGCCAGACUCUUGAGACGCAGAUGUGGAAGGAGGGCAGACGAAUCCAUUUUCAGACCAAGGUAGUGGAGAAUGGUAAUGUGUGUAUCUCUGGUGCUUAUGUUGAUCUAACUGAUGGUCCAGUUGAAGCUAAGACAGCUGUACCACAGAAAAAUGAUUUGAAAAGCUCAGAAAUCUUUAAACAAAUGGCUGCAACAGUAAAGGCUACUCCAGGCUUGGCUGCAAAAAUUAAUGCAGUUUUCCUGUGGAACAUCACCAAAAAUGAGGCUCCAGCAGCUCAGUGGGUUGUUGACAUGAAGACAACCAAACAAGGAGAGAUUUACCAAGGACAGCCUCGUUCUGGAAAAGCGGAUUGUACUCUGACACUGAGUGAUGAGAAUUUUGUUGAUCUUGUUUCUGGAAAACUGGAUCCACAAAAGGCUUUCCUUGGUGGCAAACUGAAAAUCUCUGGGAACAUUGUACUUGCACAGAAGCUCAGCAGCAUCUUCUCUUUGUCCUCAAAGAUGUAA